AUGAUCGAUAAAUGGCAAUCUUCUAGAAAUCGGCCCGCAUUCGCUCGUUUGUUGAACUCUGAUAAACUCCCCCAAUACCCUGGCUUUUUGUCCUCGUACCUUGGCUUCUCCAAAGUGCAGCACCUUUACUAUUUUGCCGAUUUUAUUGCCCCGCGUGUAAUAUGGCCACUAAUCACCCUCGACAAUAGUCGCAAGCUUGAAGGGAACACUCAACCUGCUAUGAGGGCGGAUCACUGGUUGAAAGCAUUUUUGGACAACGGUAGAACCGACGAGGUUCUAGUAUGGGGGUCAAUAUUAGGGUAUCCCAACUUUGGAGUACAAAAUCACGCCAAUCACGCCAACCUAUUCCAGCUUGAUUCAGUUCUCACUGCAAUUGCUUGCAUGUACAAGUUGAUCAAGGCCAACCCUUCCAGAUUCAGAGAGCCGACAGAGGGUUUGGAAAACGAGUGUGUAUGGGGCAUCCAUCACGAAGACUGGCAACGCGCCCACGCAGUCAUCACUUUCGUCAAAUAUCGCAGAGCAUUCUUCAGGCACUGCCCUGAGGGCGGUCCAGGUAAAUACUGGAAUACUAGGUUAAGAAAAGCAAGAUGUUACGCUUAUGCUACGCCGGACGUCAUCGCUUCCGUGGCCGCAAGGCAAGGGAAUGUGGUCGGCAACGGAGCAGGAUGA